AUGCUAGACUACACGCAGUAUCAGCAGGUCUUCCCUGCCGACCUACACAUGCCGUACGACCGCAAACUGCAGCAAGAUAUUGAAGCCCAUCGCAAAACAUUGUCCGGCGUCCUCUUCAUCGAUCGCGUCCUGCGCACUCUUGGCAUCGCCAAAGCCAAGGCGUACCCUCCCAAGACCGAUAGCGCGCUCAAACAGCUUCACCAGAGCGUCUGCGAUGCCUCCAUGCCGACUCACCACAAGCUCUCGCUCUUUUACUACAUACUUCUUGAUUUCGACGGCCCCAACGGCCCCCCGUAUAUCUCGCAAGACUUCAUCACCGCCUCUGGGCUUCCCGCCAACUACCAGAUCUUCAUGCAAGGCUUAUGGUACAUGGACCAACUAGAAUUCGCGAGCGCGCUCGAAUAUGUCUCGCAUCCGUCGCUCGGUCCCGACUUUUCUGACGAAAUCAUCAUCGCCCUUGUCCAGCAUGCCCCCAACGACGACUACACUCUCCCGCUCGCGUACUAUACAUCGGUGCGGCCCGUCCUCAAGUCGUCAAUCGCCGUCGAGCUCCUCUUCGACGCCAUGGCGAGGACAAACGUCACCGAGGCGCUACUGUACUCGCGCACGUUCCCCGACCACGCGCGGGAGCAGCUCUUCCAGCGGCUGGUUGCGUCGGUGUUGGAUGGAAGCCAUGACGACAAGAUCACGAGCCAGGCGAGGGAGCUCGUGUUUCUCCCGUUUGAUACUACCGAGGAUGCUUGGUUUCAGGAUUUCUUGUCCCACGGGGAAGGUCGCUCAUUGAAGCGGGCCAAGGACAUGCUACUAGUGCGCCGCAUCGCGUGCGACAGGUUCGAGGAGCUGACCAAAUACAAGGCCAACAACGAGUGGGCGGCUGUGCUGGAAGGGAUAAAGAGCGGCGUAGAGGGUCAUUUGGAAUAG